AUGAGGAGCUUAAGAAUUUUGGUUUUAGGAGAUCUUGGGGUUGGGAAAAGUUCAUUUCUUAGGUUAAUUAGUGAAAGAUUUGAUGAAAUAUAUCCUAUUAAUUAUUUUGAUUAUUUUAUGUAUUUAGACGAAAAAGAAAAAAAAGAACAAUUUAUAUCUGCUAAAGAUUUAGCACAAAAUAAUUCCAAAAAACAAAAUGUAGAAACUAUAGUUGAAUCUAUGUUUUUUCAAGCUAAAAAAAAUUUUUUAGAGUUUAUCGAAAAUAAAAUGAAUGCAAAAAAAUUUUUUGUUGAAAAAAGGCAUAAAUAUACAUAUGGGUUUGAAAUAUAUCCAUUUAUAUGGAAUAAAAAUAAUUCUUAUAAUAAUAAUAUAUUUGAAAAAAAUAUCCCCUUAAAUAUAAUUAAAAACAAAAAUGAACAAUAUCAUAAUGUAUAUCUAAAUGAUGUAACAUCAAAUAAUAAAUAUAUUAACAGUACAUAUGAAAAUAAUUAUUACACUAAUUAUAAUGAUAGUAUAAUAAUUGAUAAUGAUAUAAACAAAGAAAGCGAUAAUUUUUUAUAUGUUGAAUUUUUUGAAAUUGGAGGGGUUCAAACUUAUUCAUAUAUUAGAAACAUUUUUUAUGAAAAAUAUGAUGGAAUUUUAUUAUUUUAUGAUUCAUCAAAUAAUAAAUCUUAUCAUAAUCUUGUUAUGUGGUUAUAUGAAUUAUAUGUAAAUACUAAACCCCCUUCUGAAAUAUUCUGUACUGUUAAUAAAAAACAAAAUGAAAUUUGGACCAUUUUUCAAAAAAAUAAAAUGAGCACAAAGAUAUCUACAUCUGGACAUUCAACUUCAUUAACACGAAAAAAUAUAAAACAUAAUUAUAGUGAAUCUAAUUUUUAUAAUGAUGAUCGAACUUUUAAUUAUUAUAAUAAAGAAGACGAAUAUGAUAAUAAAUUUGAUUUUUCUGAUAAAAAUAUAGAUAUUGAAAAAGGCGUUGAUCAAAAUAAUGAAGAUAUUUUAAAUGGCGAAAUUCCAUUAGCUUGUGUCGCUACAAAAAUUGAUAAAAAAAAUUCUAAGCAAAAACCUACUUAUGUAAAAACCCCCAAAACUUCAUAUCUUUAUAAUAUUUUUUUUCCAGAUCAUUUAACAGAUACUUCAUGUUAUGAAAAUAGAACUAAUUUAAAAAUAAAAAAAGAUGUUUUAAAAAAGUUAGAACACAAUAUUAGUCAAGCAUUAGAAAUUAAGGCAAGCUCAAUUGACUGUAUCAUUGAUAUCAAAAAUUUUUUAACAUUUUUAAAACGGGUUUAUGCUAAAAAAUACGGGCUAACAAAAUAA